AUGACUACGAAAGUACUGUUAACUUUAAAAUCUUCUAUUUUAAAUGUUUGUCCUAAAAGAUAUUUGAACAAUACUCUCUCUAGUGUCACUAAGAUACACAGAGAUAUUUACCCUAGAAUGUACCCCACGACGGUGGUUCUAUCCGAUGGAGCUUCAAUAAACAUAAGAUAUCACGAGCCACGAAAAAUUAUUAAGUUGCCUUUAGAUCUCUCACAGUUGACUGAAGAAGAAAAGAAAAUGAGGCUAGAAAAAAGAAAACCUAAAAAGAAAGUUAAAAUAACUGAUGAUGUCGAAGAUGACUUCAAUGCCAAGAAAUAUUUAAAAUAUAUGAAGAAGAAAAAAUAA